UGUCGUAUGCGACGGCUCUUCGUCACACUCGUUCACGUAAACGCGAUUUGUGUUCAGUGUUUUAAUUUAACGUACAUAGGUUUAGUGUUAUUCCAGUUGCGAUAUUUCAUGUUAAGCAUCCAUAAAUUAAUACCGAUCGAAGAAAUGUAAAUUCCUAAAUUAAUUAUGACCGGCAUGCCUUACGGUACCGAGAGCAAAUAAACAGACACUUUACAAAUUAAAACACUCGUGAAGAAGAACUAGCUCAGUAGAACUGUGAUAUGGACCGAAGUUUAUAAAGUGAUAGUGCCGUUGAAAUCAAAACUAAAAUAUGGGAAGGUGUUACAGCAGGACAGGACGCUGACCCUUGACGAAAUAUAAGCAAACAUCGGGGACGUGUGUGUGUGUGUGUGUGUCAGGUGGCGAUGACGCGAGGGGCGGGUGUGCCCCCGCGCUUAUCAGGAGAUAAGCCGGCGGUUGAUAACGGCAGAGUCGCAAACGGAGGUGAGGCUUCACCGUGACCAGGCCGCUAGGAACCCAGCGGCCGCCGCCCGCCAUGCUACAUUCAUUGAACGCACUCGCCGGCAAGAUAUCGCCGGGCGGCGGCCUCGACACUAAUGCGAACAGGCACACACAUCCUAACAGGAAUCACAAGACAUCAUCACCGUCAUCACCAUACUCCAAGACGAAUGGGGUGAACAUGAAUUUGAAUAACAACAGCACCAGUAUCAACAACAACAAUGAAGAGAAGUCUGACAUACCGGAUCCGGAUUACAUAAAGAUGUUCGUCGGUCAAGUGCCUAGAAGUAUGGACGAAAACGAUCUCCGGCUGAUGUUUGAAGAGUUUGGGAGGGUCCAUCAGAUCAAUGUGCUAAGAGAUAAGAUCACGGGAGCAAGUAAAGGGUGCUGUUUUGUGACGUUUUUCACGAGGAAAGCGGCGUUGAAAGCUCAGGACGCUUUGCACAAUAUCAAAACGUUGAGCGGGAUGCAUCAUCCGAUCCAAAUGAAACCAGCUGACAGUGAAAAUAGAAAUGAACGCAAGCUGUUCGUGGGUAUGUUAAACAAGAAGCUAUCUGAGAAUGACGUGCGGACGCUCUUUUCUGGACACGGAGCGAUUGAAGAGUGCACCGUCCUUAGAGAUGCGCAAGGCCAGAGCAAGGGUUGCGCUUUCGUUACCUUCGUCUCUAAACAGGCGGCCAUCGCUGCUAUUAAGACGUUACAUCACAGUCAAACGAUGGAAGGCUGUUCAGCGCCGUUGGUGGUAAAAUUCGCUGAUACCCAGAAGGAGAAAGAACAGAAGAAGUUACAGGCCAUGCAAGCGAGUUUAUGGGGGCUUACGACUCCUGUAGCCCCUACUUACCUAGCGUCGGAAGCGGCGCUAUCACCAGCAACGCAGCUGCAACUGCUGCAACAGCUGCAGGCAGUCGGGCUUCAGCAGCAAUUGCUGCAAGGUCAAGGGUCAACUUUAUUACAAGGUGUUAACUAUCCAGAUGUCGGUUUCAAUGGCGCAGGGCUGGGCGGUGGUGUCGGUGUUAGCGCUGGUGGUGAACAGCUAGGUGGCCUGCUGGCACCUGUCAGCGUACAGAACUUAGCGGCGCUGGCAGCCAUGACGCAACCUGUCACGCAAGCAGCACCCAUAGCUCAACCAGCGGCACCUCAACCAGCAGCACCGCAAUUAUGUCUUCUCGGGAAGACUAACAUCACAGGGUCUACAGCGGAGCCGCUUGGGUCUGCGUACGCUGCGCAAUUCGGCAGCGCUUUCGCGGCGGCGCCGCUCGGCUCUGUGUUAGGAUCGGCGGCCGCCGCAGCGGCGGGGAAACAGGUUGAAGGGCCAGAAGGCGGUAACCUGUUUAUUUAUCACUUGCCCCAGGAGUUCACAGAUACGGACUUGGCGUCCACGUUUCUACCAUUCGGCCACGUGAUAUCAGCUAAAGUGUUCAUAGACAAACAGACCAACCUAUCAAAGUGCUUUGGUUUCGUAUCGUACGAUAACGCAGCCUCCGCGCAAGCCGCCAUCCAAGCGAUGAACGGCUUCCAGAUAGGUACAAAAAGACUAAAGGUUCAGUUGAAACGUUCGAAAGAACUUUCUAGACCGUACUAGAUCUAUUCCAGGUUCCUAGUGAAUAAAAAGGUUUGAUGAUUAAAAUUUAAUAAAAAAAAAAACUAUGAAGGUUGUCUAUUUUUGAACGUUUGUUGUGAUGUAUUCGGUGCACAUGAACUGAUGAUGGUGAUGAAGAUGAUGUUGAUGAUGGUGAUGUCGGUGAUAGUUUUAAGGUUCGCUCGGAUCGGAGUCCACGUGCACAGUUGUUAUCUAAUAAGCGUAAGAUUAAGGUUUGUGUCAAAGGAUUUUAUCGUUUCCAAAGUAUUCCCCAAAUUCUUUUUUUUUAUUAUUAAUUCAAUAUUAUCACUUUUCAUUAUAAUAAGUUGUAGUCAUUUUGUAAGUGUAAGUUAAAUGCGUUCAUCGAGUCGCUAUCCAAACCGCCAAAGAGCUGUCAGAUAUUAUUUAUGUAUGUUUUUUUUAACACAUCUGUCAUACAAAUAUCAUCUGUGACAGUUUUUAAAGAGUAUUGACUAAUUAAAAUUAUUUUUGUUUUUUUUUUUUCAACAAACAAUGGUUUUAAUGUAAUAUUAUUGUGUUACCAAUCUGUGUCCAUAACAUAAAGUCUGUUUAAAUUCUAAUGUGUUAGAAUAUAUAAUGAUCUCAAUGUGAUCAAUGUAUUUAUAUCAUUAACAUAUUUUCAAUAUUGUACUUAAUGUUUUUUACAUAAAAGCUGUAAAAAUAUGGCUUAAACUUACCAAAAAGCUAUUUCAUUUUUGUUUACAUAGUGUAAAUCUUUCGUUCUCUACAAAUAAAAAAUGUAUAUAUAUGAAAUAUGUCAAAAUUCAACAUUGUCUAUGAUAAUUCUAGAAACUUUUUGCCGGAUUAAGCCACAAACUUGUUUACUUAUACUUAUGUUUAUUGAACAUCGAACUUUGAACCGUUUAGUCAGAAAAAAAUUUUGUUAGAUUUAAGUAUUUAAAUAUAGAAUAAGUUUUCGUGUAAGUUCGACAUUUAUCGUGUAUUUUUUAAAGCACUGUACCCACGUAUUCUUCUGGUUAUUUCCUUUCCUUAUUCGAAUGGUAAGACUACACAAGAUUUUGAGUUAUCUAUUAAUUUUUAUUUCACUAUUCACUCUUAGGAAUUAUUUGAAAAAAAAAAAAAUCUUGUAAAUUUUUUAAACCAAUUUUGAAAUUCUUUGAAUAUAAACGUUUCCUUAUAAGCUAUCUUCUAUCGCUCAACUCUUAUUCAGUAAAUAUAUAAAUAACACAACGUUACCCAAGAAUUAAGUUACAGUGCCAAUGAGUUAAUUUAACAAAAAUUAUAUAUACAUUAUUAUUUUAUUUUAGUUAUUUAAAAGAAAAAACCUAAGUUCACCUUAUUAUAAAAAUUACUUGAGUGUUAUUUGUAAAGAGAAAUUUCGAAGGCGGUCUUAUCGUAGUGUAAUUAUUUAGUCAAGGUUCAAAAAAAGAUAUAUGUAGACUGAAUAAGUUCCAUAAAUCUAUUUUAUAAAUAAAUCCCUUGCGGUUAUUGUAUUUGUGAGUUUGUUGAACAAUUUCGUUGGGAACGAUUCCUUAUAUUAUAAUAAUUUAUCUUAACCUCACUAGUUUAUUUAUUUCUAUAUAAAAAAAAAGAAAUGAAACAAUCAUGACUUUAUGACGCGAUCAAUCAUAGAGCAUUUUUUUUUCUCAAACGAUAUUAAUAUCAAAAUAAAAAAGUUUUGUUAAAUGUCAUGAUUGUUUUUUUUUUCUACAUUCAAUCCUAGACACGGCCACUCUUGAGUAAGUGUGAUCAAAAUAAUAUAAAAAUAUAUUGGAUAAGUGGACUUUUACCUACUUAUACUUACUAGGCGAAUCGAAUACGAGACCUCAUUAUUGUUGUGUGACAAUUAGAUAUCAGACUAUUGUACAGAAUACAGAUGAUGUCCUCCUCUAACAGAUUAAAAAACUCCACACUUGACGCUAAAAUUAAUAAAUUUGCUUAAUAUUUUAAUUUAAACAUUUGUAUUUUAUUGGAGAAUAGUAGCAAAUGUAGCGAUGCAUUAUUUAAAACUGUUUCUCCAUCUAUCCAGUUUUAAAUAAGUUUUUUUUUUUAUAGGAAAUUUAAAAUGUUUAAUUUUUUUGUAGUAUGUAUAAAUCGUUGCUAGAUUGCCGCUACUUUUUGAUUGAUCUAUUUUAUAUUAGUUUAAAAAUUGAAGAGCUUAUAACAAAAAUAUAUAUUGAACGAAUUGUAUUAAUAACUGUUUCGAGUUACAAGCGGUGUUGCGACCAAGGUAGAUCGAUCAUAAAAUUGUUACAAAUAUCUAUGACUUCAAACAAGCAAGUAGCUGAUAUUAUGAAUAAUUUAAAUUCUAUGUAAAUAAUUAUGAACUGAACAUUGUUUUCCUAAAAUAAAUCACACCGCUCGUUAUUCGCGUAUAUUGUAAUAAUUUAUGACUUUUAUUCGUUUUUUUUUUUUUUUAUUAUGUAUGUUUUAAGCUUGCAACAUCUUUAAAUAAAAAGAUGGCGGAGUCACGGUCCCUAACCGCAUAUCCUGCAACCGCAAAAUUAUUUUUACACUGUUUCGAGGCACUGUAUUACGUAGAUAUACAAUUGGUAUAAAUAAUUAUAAAGAACUGUUUUAUACAACACCCGUUUUGUUGAUAUAAAUGUAAAUAAAUGUCAAGUUAAAAA